AUGGCCUUUCCAGGGAUGGUUCUUUCUGUUGUCAAAAUAAUUUUGAUGAGUUUUACAGUGCUGUCAUUAUUAUCUGAUUGUGCGGAUGCAGCAAGAAAAAAGCCAAUUUCUGGGCCUGAUACGUUCAUGGGUGAAAAUUUAGCUGUUGAUAAGCUUCUUCCAGGAGAAAAAAUAAUCAAUGUCUUGGAUUUCAAAGCCAAACCUGAUGGAGUCACUGAUUGCACUCAGGCAUUCAUGACAGCAUGGAGAACUGUAUGUAAUUCCCCACAGCAAGCGAGGCUUUAUGUUCCACCAGGGAAAUUCUAUGUGUCUUCCAUGUUCUUUGCUGGGCCAUGCAAGCCACUCCAAGCCAUCACAAUCAAAGUUGACGGCACCAUUCUCGCUUCCACUGACCCUUCAGAGUAUGUCAACGGCGAAUGGCUCAUCUUUUCCGACCUCCGGGGAAUCAAACUCACCGGCGCUGGCACUUUCGAUGGCCAAGGUAAAGAAAUGUGGGCCGCCAACACCGACUGCGACAAAGACACUUCCCCAGAAUGCAAAAGACUCCCCAGUAGUAUUCAAUUCAACAAUGUGACAGAUGGACUUAUACAAGGCAUAUCAUCAGUGAAUGCAAUGGGGUUUCACUUCUUCAUCACCAACUCUGCCAACAUUAGACUACGAACACUUAGUAUCAACGCACCAGGAGAUAGCCCUAAUACAGAUGGCAUUCAUAUGAGCCAUUCCAUCAACGUGAAAAUUUCUAAAUGUCUCAUUCAAACUGGGGAUGAUUGUGUCUCUAUGAUUCAAGGGGUAAGCAAUGUGGCGAUUAACAAAGUCACAUGUGGCCCUGGACAUGGUUUUAGCAUUGGAAGCCUUGGGAAGUACGCUGAUGAGCUAGAGGUGAAGAACAUUCGUGUGCUGAAUUGCACGAUGGUGGGCACAACUAAUGGUCUCAGAAUCAAAUCAUGGCCAGACAAGUUUCCAGGUGCAGCAUCACAAAUAAUCUUCGACGACAUUGUCAUGAACAACGUUGCGAAUCCUAUUGUCAUUGACCAAGAAUACCAAUGUGAACCUGCCAAAUGCAAUAAGAAGCCAUCACGUGUGAAAUUGAGUGGGAUCCAAUAUUCGAACAUAAGAGGAACAUCAUCUUCGAAAAUUGCAGUGGACUUACGAUGUAGUGGUGAUUUUCCAUGCGACCAUGUUCAGCUGAACAACAUUAAUCUCAAGGCAACAAAACCACCCCCUCCUACCUCCAGAUGUCUCAAUGCCAAACCACUCUAUCUGGGCAUGCAAUCUCCACCACCCUGCUCAUAG